AUGUCCUUGGUGGCCGUACGAAUGAUGUCGAACCGAGCCGCCGCUCUUGAAAGUUGGCAUACGCUGACGCCAUCGAAUGUGCGAACUGAGCGUGCCAAGUUUGCUUUCGAUCGUGAGAAGGAUCAUCUGGACCACAGUGGCCGACACCGUCUGAAACAUUUCUUUGGAUUGCAGCACUUCCCAGGACAUGCACUUGCCAAGCAACCCAGGAGCUCGGUUCUGCGGGACAAGAAUGACGAAGCUGGGGCGAGCAAGCUUACAGAUGCAGCGUACAUGCAGAAAUUGGCGCAAGAGCGCAAUUUCCGCAUGAAGAAUGGUUACUUCGAUUCAAAUAGUUAUGCAGAAACCCUUAUGACGAAUGCGAAGUCUGAACAGGCGGCAUACAUGAAAAAUUGGCACAAAAAGAACAGGAUUGCGGCCAAGGCUGCAGUGAAAGAUGCCUCAGUCCUCUACAAGAAAUGGAUGUUGAUUGAUCCUUACACCGGAAGAUCUAAAUCCAACAUGGUAGUGCCACAAGAAAAGGCUGCAACGCAGGGAAUGAGAAAACAACAACUUUUGGAAGUCACGGCCGACAACGAUGUGAAAUACAAUCUGCCUUGGUGGUGUGUUGUCGAGCACCCUGAAGUCAAUGGGGCUGGGAAGGGUUGGGAUGGAGCGGUAACACCGGCGGGGAAGACUGGACCAGGCGUCGAUUGCUCUUUCCCUGGCACUGGCAACGCUGCAGCAUACCGAAUGCAGACCAAGGGGACCACUGAGCAGCAGUUGUCUCAGAUUCCGUCUCGUCGCACCCAGUUGUUGGAGUGGAGGCAUACGAUGAAUGCUCGUAACUACAUGAACCGACCGGGCUCAGCCACUUCGGUGACUAACUCCGAUGGCCCGGAGUAUAACGUGAUGGCGGAUAACUUUCAGUUCCCCGAUUAUUAG